AUGGAGCAUUUUAUGGAAGAUGCACUCCAACAGGCACGCAUUGCGAACGACCUCAAAGAGGUUCCUGUUGGCUGUGUGUUUGUUCGCAGUACCGUCAAUGAUGAUGCGUCCAAAAAGCAGGAAAUUAUCGCACGCGGAUGUAACCUGGUGAAUGAAACGAAAAACGCAACACGCCAUGUAGAAUUUAUUUGUAUCGAUCAGGCGCUUGAUUAUGCGCGCCGAAACAGUGUCACCCCACCGGAAGCCAUUUUUAGCACGGUGACCGUAGUGGUGACGGUUGAACCAUGCAUCAUGUGUGCGGCCGCACUGAUCGGGCUGGGUGUGCAAGAAGUAAUCUACGGUUGCCGGAAUGAUCGGUUCGGUGGAUGCACUGUGCUCGAUGUGGCACAGCUGCUCAGUUCCAAAAUUCCCAUCCGGGGAGGAGUGCGUGCUGUCGAAGCGAUGGAACUGUUGAAGGAAUUUUACAAAGGCGAAAAUCCGUCCGCACCGGUACCAAAGCCAAGAGCGAACAAAUGUGACACAAGCACCUGA